AUGAGCCGCGGUAAAGGGACGUGUCAAAGGGAGCAGCGUGGGAGGACGAGCAAAUCAAGCAGGUCUGAGAAGGAGUGGAAGCUAAGAGGCAGGUGGGCCAAAGCAGGUGAGAAGCCAAGAAGGAGAGUGAAAAAGAGCAAGAUGCAAAAAAAGGGUACGACCGCGCUGGCCGGUGUGGUGCGAUGCAGCAGCAGUGCGUGGGCUGGUCGGUGCGGCCUCUGA